ACCGUACUGUUCGUUUCAGACCUGGACAAAGCAGUCACAUGAGCGCCGUACUUCCCGUUUGUAAUCAGCUGAGAAAACGUCAAUGAUAUAUCCAAACAACUGCAAUUUGUCUCACUGUUUUUUUUGUUUAAUGUGACAAUAUGGGGGUCGUGUCCAAUCUUCUAUUUGGGCUGCUGUCCAACGUGCUGCUGAUUUACGCGGCGCCUCUUUCACCUGUAAAUAGCAUUUACCUGCCAAGCAUAGGGAGAUUCUGGCACAUCUCUGAUCUGCAUUUGGACCCCACGUACCAUGUGACUGAUGACCACACCAAAGUGUGUUUCUCCUCUAAGGGUGUCCCAGCCUCAAACCCUGGUCUGUUUGGAGAUUUCAUGUGUGAUUCUCCCUACCAGCUCAUCCUGUCAGCCUUUCAGCACAUGAAACAAGUGGCCCCACAGCCAGAGUUUAUGAUCUGGACAGGAGACAGCCCUCCACAUGUCCCUGCAGGGGAGCUGUCCACAGACAUGGUAAUCCAAGUCAUCAGCAACAUGACUCAAACCAUCAGGGAGUUCUUUCCAGACAUGCUAGUGUACCCCGCCCUUGGGAAUCAUGACUACUGGCCACAGGAUCAACUUCCAACGUCCACUAAUGAUAUUUACCAGGCUGCAGCCAAACUGUGGGAGCCUUGGUUAAAGCCAGAAGCCCUUGUAACUCUCAGAGAAGGUGGAUUUUACUCUCAGAUGGUGCAGCCCAAGCUGCGACUGAUAAGCCUGAACACUAUCCUAUACUAUAGCCCUAAUAAAGUGACAGUAAAUAUGAGUGACCCGGCUGGACAGUUCCGGUGGCUGCAGGACACCCUGGAAGCAUCUGCUCAGAGCAUGGAGAAGGUCAUUGUAAUUGCUCAUGUUCCAGUGGGUUACUUGCCCUUUGCCAGGAACACCACCGCCGUCAGAGAAGCCUACAAUGAGAGACUUGUGAAGAUCUUUCGUGACUACAGUGACAUCAUCUCAGGGCAUUUCUAUGGCCACACUCACAGAGACAGCAUAAUGGUCUUGCAGGACCAACAAGGGGAACCGGUUAAUUCCCUGUUUGUCACACCGGCUGUUACUCCAAUCAAGAGUGCAGAAGAGCCAUACUCCAACAACCCAGCCUUCCGCAUGUACCACUAUGACCCGCAGGACUACAGGCUGCUGGAUAUUUGGCAGUACUACUUGAAUCUCACCGAAGCCAACCAAGAAAAAAGAUCUGACUGGAAACUUGAAUAUGUAAUGACUGAAGCGUUUGGAUUAAAGGACAUUCAACCACACAGCCUGUUUAAACUUGUCUUGAGUUUUGAAAUGCAGCAAAGCAAAGCAUUUCAAAAGUAUUUUAGCCAUUUUAUGGUCAGCUAUGAUGAUACCAUUGUGUGUGAUGGGGCCUGCAAGCUGACUCAGGUCUGUGCGGUGCAGUCCUUAGACCGUGCCUCCUAUUCCAAAUGUAUUGAAAAGGGACAUUAAAACAAUUCUCUUCUUUU